UUUGACUGAAUACGUAUGUGCAUGAAGAUUAAGAGUCUGACAGCAUGGGAAGCUAAAAUCCUCCCUUUGUCUGUUUUGGUUUAGCAGACCACCACACAUUGAACUUUCUAAUCAGACGACCAACCCUAACUUUGAUGUGGCAGGAUUGCCAUUGGAAGAAGUGAAAGAGGAGGCUGACUGAAUUCACAUACGCCUGGAACCAAUAUUAAGUUUUCUUCUGACCAAUUUCACUUCUACUGUGUUCCACUAUACAGUGUUAGAAGCUGGAAAUUGAACUGUAACAAAGAAGUAGUUCUGGGAAAAUGAAGGGAAUGUUUCCUAAAAGCACAUACUGAGACCCUAUAUGUUUUUCUUCACGUGAAGCUCACUUUGAAAUAUUUGGAUAAAAUGAGAUGCUUGCGGAAACGAUCAGCAGUAUCCUUCUUAGGAGUCCUUGUCAUUUGCCUGCUGUUCAUGAACUUGUACAUUGAAGAUGGUUAUGUCUUGGAAGGGGACAAGCAAUUAAUCAGAGAAACAGCCACACACCAGCUUAAUUCAGAGCGCUAUGUUCACACUUUUAAAGACUUGUCAAAUUUCUCAGGAUCUAUAAAUGUUUCCUAUCGCUAUCUAGCUGGCACACCUUUGCCAAGGAAAAGGUAUCUUACAAUUGGACUAUCCUCAGUCAAACGGAAAAAGGGGAAUUAUUUGCUCGAGACGAUCAAGUCUAUAUUUGAGCAGUCAAGUUAUGAGGAACUGAAGGAAAUUACAGUGGUGGUUCACCUAGCAGAUUUUGACUCAUCCUGGUGUGAAGGGAUGGUCCAGGACAUUUCACAGAAAUUUGCCCAUCACAUCAUUGCUGGCAGGUUAAUGGUUAUCCAUGCCCCUGAGGAGUACUAUCCAGUACUAGAUGGCCUUAAGAGAAAUUACAAUGACCCAGAAGACCGUGUGAAGUUCCGAUCCAAACAAAAUGUAGAUUAUGCUUUCCUGCUUAACUUUUGUGCUAAUCUUUCUGAUUAUUAUGUCAUGCUAGAAGAUGACGUUCGAUGCUCUAAAAACUUCUUGACUGCUGUUAAGAAAGUAAUUACCUCGCGAGAAGGUUCCUAUUGGGUGACUCUGGAGUUUUCCAAACUGGGCUAUAUUGGAAAGCUAUACCACUCCCAUGACCUCCCGCGCCUGGCUCAUUUUUUGCUGAUGUUUUACCAGGAAAUGCCUUGUGAUUGGCUGCUAAUCCAUUUCCGUGGGUUGUUAGCUCAAAAGGAUGUCAUCCGCUUUAAGCCAUCUCUGUUCCAGCACAUGGGAUAUUAUUCAUCCUACAAAGGAGCUGAGAACAAGCUAAAGGAUGACGACUUUGAAGAGGAUUCGUUUGACAUCCCUGACAACCCGCCCGCAAAUCUUCACACCAACAUGAAUGUAUUUGAAAACUAUGAGGCAAGCAAGGCUUACAGCAGCAUUGAUGAGUACUUCUGGGGAAAAGCUCCUUCUACUGGAGAUCUCUAUGUGAUUGUCUUUGAAAAGCCUAUUAAAAUCAGUAAAAUUAAAGUUAUCACUGGAACAGAAGACCGGCAAAAUGACAUCUUGCAUUAUGGAGCCCUGGAAGUUGGGGAAAAGAUUGUAGGGAGCAAAAAAGGGAGGCAAUGUACUACUUACUUGAGACUAGGGGAGUUCAAAAAUGGAAAUUUUGAAAUGACAGAUGUGGAGCACAAAGUUCUGUUUGAUAUUAACUGCAUGAGAAUACUUGUUACCAAAAGUCAAAAGGAAUGGCUGAUCAUUAGGAGCAUUAGUAUUUGGACUUCUCAGCCACCAAAUCAAUAAGGCAAAAUUACUGAAGCUGGUCCUCCUCCUUUCGUGGUGGAGUGAAUGCCAUCGGUUGGGUCCCAACUGGUGUCAUUCCCCAAGGAGACUGACUGACUUCCAAUUAUUUACUUUUGACACUGGAAAUCUGGGGAAAUCAUAAAACAAGCAAAAGCAAUUUAUUUUGUACUAGUCCGCCAGGCAAUAUACAAACACUAGUUUGUUGGAAUGUUUGAAUUUUAUAGGAAAUGCAAACAAGUUCUCAUCCAUCACUUAAGAUUCAGAAAUCCUUCUCUUUUAUUUUAAUUUCUCCUUUGGGAAGAACUGCUGUACUAAACAAAGCCAAUGCUUUUCCAUUAUUCAGAAGUUUUGUAGGCUUUGACCAGUAUGUUGUCAGAUGAAAUUUGACUCCAUCAUAGCUACAUAUAAAUUAAUAAUCAGAUGGUAGUACAUGUUUGUACAAUAGUUGGUGGUGUAUUUGUUUGAAAGACAGUUGUGAUAAUGAAAGUCCAUUAAUGGAGCUUCCAAUUUCAUUUGAGCACUGUAAGAAAACAGUGUGGUUAAACAUUGUGACUUAUUUUAAAUGAAAAUACAUGUACAGUUAUAGAUCAGACAUGACAAUACUGUAAAAAUAGUUAAUUGCAUUCACUAUCCUGUCUCAACAAAUAUGCUUUGUUCUUCUCCCAGGGUCCUGGCAUUGAAAUAGGUCACCAGUUGUAUUUUCUGUCACAUGGGGCCCAACCCUGCAGUCCUUAUUCAAGCAGUCACACGGUCAAUGGGAGUUUGCUUGAAUAAGGACUGCAGGGUCAGCCCCUGAGCUUUAAGGACAAAAUUAUCCUUUUGGAUUUUCAUGGCAGUAGUUUUCAUCUUUAAUAUUCUCUCUUCCAGCACAUUCAGAGCUCCCAGUGAUGUCAGUGGGAGAACUGCACAAAGCUGAACACUACCGUAUGGUCCAAGAGAAGAGUUUUGCACUCAGUGUUUAGAUAGUGGUGGGCAACCUGGGGCCCAUCAGGGUAAUCUGAUUGCGGGCUGCAAGACAUUUUGCUGACAUUGAACGUCCGCAGGCAUGGCCCCCGCAGCUCCCAGUGGCUGAGGUUCACCAUUCCCAGCCAAUGGGAGCUGCGGGAAUCAAUCAGAUUAUCCUGAUGGGCCACAUGCGGCCUGCAGGCCGCAGGUUGCCCACCACUGGUUUAGAUGUCCAUCUCUCAUCCAAUGCAAAUGAAAGAUAUAUAAGGUUCAGCAGUAGAGGCUGAAGGUGAUCACUGAUCUUCCCUGGUUGGUGUCUCUGCAAUAGCGCUGUGUGAAACAUCUCCCACUAUUUGCAAAAGCAAGAAUCCUGGUUUUGCUGGAUAUGUGAGAAGUAAAUACUUUGCCAAGUUAGUUUUGAAUGUUUUCAGAUUUUUCAAUGCUGAAUAAAUUGUCUUAGGAGCUCAGAUGAUGUCCCCAGAUGUCAGAUGUCUCCAGAUGUCCCCAGAUGAUGUUUUGGUCUAUAUAUUUAUAUACUACCUAGACCUGUUCCUUUGAGGUUCUGAGCACCUACUGACUGGGGCUGAUUGUCCUCCAUUCCUAUUGACUUCAGUGGGAGUUGUGAACUUUAAUACUUCACAGAAUCAGACCCCAUAUGUAUACAGUACAUAUGAUAUAUAAACACAUCUGGAUUACCAUAGACUCAUAGACUUUAAGGUCAGAAGGGACCAUUAUGAUCUUCUAGUCUGACCUGCUGCACAACACAGGCCACAGAAUCUCACUCACCCACUCCUGUAACAAACCCCUGACCUAUG